UCAACGCCCUCCUGAGUUUCCACUACUUUGAAUUUAGAUUUUAAAAGCAAUUAAUUCAGUUUUAGGGCAAAUUUAUGAAAAUUCUAAUUGAUACAAUUUUUGAUUUGGGGAAAAUAUUUAUGACGCCUCGGUUAAGCUCAAGUGAAAGUAGGUUUACUCACGUAUCGGGCAUUGACUCUUAACCGAGGGUGGGUGGAGUCAUAAAGCCAAGAUGGCUGACUUUGAGGAGCCGCUGUCAGAUGAGGAGAAGGUCCGCAUUGCGGCCAACUUUGUGACUCAUGCCCCUCCUGGAGAGUUCAACGAGGUCUUCAACGAUGUACGGCUUCUUCUUAAUAAUGACAGCCUCCUUAGAGAGGGGGCCUCACACUCCUUUGCUCAGUACAACAUGGAUCAGUUCACUCCUGCCAAGCUAGAAGGAUAUGAAGAGCCGGUCCUGAUCACAGAACAUGGGGACUUGGGUCAGGGGCGAUUCUUGGACCCUCGCAACCAUUUAUCGUUUCACUUUGACCAUCUAAGAAAAGAGGUCAGCGAUGUGGAGCCUCACGAAGGAGAAACAGCUCUAAGAAGUUGGAGAGAUGCGUGUGAUACUGCCCUCAGUGCCUAUGUCAAGGAGCACUAUCCCACUGGAGUUUGUACGGUAUAUGGAAAAACAGUUGAUGGUCAGCAAACGGUUAUAGCCUGCAUUGAGGGCCAUCAAUUUCAGCCAAAGAAUUUUUGGAACGGUCGCUGUAGGUCGGAGUGGAAGCUGACUAUUGGUCAGUCUACUGCUCAUGUUGUUGGAGUAUUAAAAAUUCAGGUGCACUAUUAUGAGGAUGGGAAUGUGCAGCUGGUUAGUCAUAAGGAGAUAGAAGAGUCAAUACCUGUGACUAGUGAAAGCCAAACUGCAAAAGAAUUUGUUGACAUUAUUGAGAAUGCUGAAAAUGACUACCAAACUGCAAUCAACGAGAACUACCAAACAAUGUCUGACACAACCUUUAAGGCGCUGCGUCGCCAGCUGCCUGUUACACGCACCAAGAUCGACUGGAAUAAAAUCCUGAGUUACAAAAUUGGCAAAGAGAUGCACAACGCCUAAACUGGGAUCGUGCACUGACCUGGACGAUGCAACAAACCAUCUAUAUAUGCUCAAGAACUAACCAAAGCAUUAUUGUAUCGAUGUGGGCAAGGAAUUCUCAAAAAAGGGUCAAACUAAAUAUUUACUCAUUGGGGUGAAGAGGGUGCAGUUAAAAAUUUUGGACAAAUUGUUUGGAGUGUCUACUGCUAAGAACCGUGUGCAGAGCUGUGCGCAAUAUUGGUGUUUAGAGAGCAAAACUCCCUUUGACAUUUAGGAGAGACUCACAGCUAGGAACACGUUUCUGUUUGCAACACUAUAGAGAAAGGCUAGUGUUACAAUAAAGCAUCACAACAGGGGUGAACUUUUGUAUAGCAUCAAUUCAGAAAAGUUUUUUUUUUUUUUUUUUUUUUUNGUCCUGAA